AUGGUGAGCCAGCUAGUAUGGCAGAGGGUUGCCGCCUCUCGCAGGCUGGCCGCACGCCUGUCUCCGCAACGACUCUCCCGUGGCCUGGCCACCGAAGCCGCCUCGUCGCGUAUGCCACCCUACCCCAAGAUUGUCCGCAAUCUCGAGCAGGUUCGCAAGGUUCUGGGCUCUAACCGUGCCCUAACCCUCGCGGAGAAGAUCCUGUACGCCCAUUUGGACAACCCGGAGGAAUCCCUGCUCACCGGUACCAACAAUGGUCGUGAUAUCCGGGGCAAGGCCAACUUGAAGUUGAAGCCCGACCGUGUCGCCAUGCAGGAUGCUUCGGCCCAGAUGGCCCUGCUCCAGUUCAUGUCUUGCGGUCUGCCCUCGACUGCCGUCCCCGCCAGUAUUCACUGUGACCACAUGAUUGUUGGUGAGCGCGGUGCCGAUACCGAUCUGCCGGCUUCGAUCCAGGGCAAUGCCGAGGUGUUCGACUUCCUGGAGAGUGCUGCCAAGCGCUACGGUAUUGAGUUCUGGCCCCCGGGUGCUGGUAUCAUUCACCAGAGUGUGCUCGAGAACUACGCUGCCCCUGGUCUGAUGAUGCUUGGUACAGACAGCCACACCCCCAACGGUGGUGGUCUAGGUGCCAUUGCCAUCGGUGUUGGUGGUGCGGAUGCCGUCGAUGCUCUCGUCGAUGCUCCCUGGGAGCUGAAGGCCCCGAAGAUUCUCGGUGUUCGUCUUGAGGGCCAGCUGAGCGGCUGGGCCUCUCCCAAGGACAUCAUCCUGCACCUGGCUGGCAAGCUGACCGUUCGUGGCGGUACUGGAUUCGUGAUUGAAUACCACGGUCCCGGUGUCGAGACUCUUAGCUGCACUGGUAUGGCUACCUGCUGUAACAUGGGUGCCGAGGUUGGCGCUACUACCUCCCUCUUCCCCUUCUCGCCUAGCAUGGUGCCUUACCUCGAGGCCACUCACCGUGGUCACGUCGCCAAGGCCGCGGCUGAGAUUGCUGCUUCUGGCCCUGGUAACCUCCUGCGGGCUGAUAGCACUGCCGAGUACGACCAGUUGAUUACCAUCAACCUAUCCGAGCUGGAGCCGCACAUUAACGGUCCUUUCACUCCGGAUCUCUCGGUUCCUCUGUCUAAGUUCGCCGACACUGUCCGUGAGAAGAAGUGGCCCGAGACCUUCGGUGCCGGUCUCAUUGGUAGCUGCACCAACUCCUCGUACGAGGAUAUGACUCGCGCCGAGGACCUUGUCAAGCAGGCCUCCGCUGCUGGUCUCAAGCCCAAGGCCGACUUCUUCAUCACUCCCGGUAGUGAGCAGAUUCGCGCGACCCUCGACCGUGACCAGACCCUGAACACCUUCUCCGAGGCCGGCGGUGUCGUUCUGGCCAACGCCUGCGGCCCCUGCAUUGGCCAGUGGAAGCGUACCGAUGGUGUCCCCAAGGGCGAGAACAACGCCAUCUUCACCUCGUACAACCGUAACUUCCCCGGUCGUAACGAUGGUAACCGCCAGACCAUGAACUUCCUGGCUUCUCCCGAGCUCGUUACCGCGCUCGCCUACUCUGGCAGCACCACCUUCAACCCCAUGACCGAUUCCCUGACCACCCCCAGCGGCGAGACCUUCAAGUUCCAGCCUCCCAAGGGCUUCGACCUGCCCAGUGCCGGUUUCGAGGAGGGUAACCCCAAGUUCCUCCCCAGCGCUGCCGUCCCCGACGCCUCCCAGGAGGUCAUCGUCUCCCCGACCUCCGACCGCUUGGCUCUCCUCGAGCCGUUCGCUCCCUUCCCCAAGGGCGACCUGAGCGGCCUGCAGGUUCUGUACAAGGUCAAGGGCCAGUGCACCACUGACACCAUCUCUGCGGCCGGUCCCUGGCUCAAGUACAAGGGUCACUUGCCCAACAUCUCGGCUAACACCCUGAUCGGUGCCGUCAACGCCGCCACCGGCGAGACCAACGUCGCCUACGACGAGAACGGCAACCAGCACGGUAUCCCCGAGCUGGCUGAGCAGUGGAAGGAGCGUGGUAUCGAGUGGCUCGUCGUCGCCGAGGACAACUACGGCGAGGGCUCCGCCCGUGAGCACGCUGCUCUGCAGCCCCGCUACCUGGGUGGCCGUGUCAUCGUGUCCAAGAGCUUCGCCCGUAUCCACGAGACCAACCUGAAGAAGCAAGGUGUCGUCCCAUUGACCUUUGCUAACCGCGAGGACUACGACCGCAUUGAUGCCUGCGAUGUCGUCGACACCGUUGGCCUGUACGAUGUCCUGCAGGCCGGUGGCCAGGGCGAGAUCCAGCUGCGCGUGACCAAGAAGAAGACCGGCGAGUCGUUCAUGGUCCCUGUCCAGCACACUCUCAGCAAGGACCAGUCCGCUUUCAUUCUGGCUGGUAGUGCGCUGAACCUGUUGGCCAAGAAGGCCAACGCUGGUGCGCAAUAG